AUGUCUCUCGCUCAGAAAGCGCUUAUUGUGUCAGAUAUCGGCAAGCCUGUCACUCUAGUAAGUGACUGGCCUAUCCCCGAGCCAAGCACAAACCAGGUGCAGGUGAGAGUGACCGUUGCCGGCCUCAAUCCUCACGACGCAAAGAGCCGAGAUUGGGGCCUCUUCAUUCUUCGAGAUCUUUCCCCCGUCACAAAGCUGGACCAGGACCCAGGGGCAACUGAUCUUCCGUCCGUCCUUAGCAACGACGUCGUCGGGAGGGUCACAAAACUGGGCCCAGGCGUCACCGACCUUGCGGUCGGCGACCGCAUCGUGUAUCAACCAUCAUUCGCGCCGGGCUCGACGCAGAAUGGCUUGCAAGAAUACGCCAUCGCGGAUCUAAGCGCUCUGGCUAAGAUUCCGGAUUCCAUUACGGACGACGAGGCAGCUACGUUGCCGACCAACAUCUUUCCGCCGUUAGUGGCUCUGUUCGAAACAUUGCAGAUCCCUGCGCCGUGGUCGUCGGCCGCGAAGGAUUUUGACUACACCAAUGCGACAAUUCUGAUCGUCGGGGGAGGCUCCAACUGCGGGCAAUUUGGGGUCCAGCUGGCCAAGCUCGCGGGCAUUGGCCGCAUCGUGGUGGUGGGUGGCGACCCGACCAAGUUGAAGUCAUUUGGGGCCAUGCAUGUCAUCGACCGGCACGCUGGAUACGAGACUGUACUUGCCAACGUUCGUGAUAUAAUCGGCGACGAUCUGGUGUACGCCUAUGACGCUAUCAGUCCUCCAGAGGGCCAGUUGCUCGCGCUAAAUGCGCUAUCAAGCUGCAAGAGAGGCGCGCUGGCCCGCCUAUUACCUCUUGGUACGGUUGAUGAGUCCAAGGUCCUGGGAAAGCGAGCAGGAUUCGAUGUACGUGAUGUAUUUGGCAGCUCGCAUGCGUAUCCUGAGCUUGCGGCCGCUUUUUGGUCACGGGUCCCUCGCUAUCUCGAAGCUGGUCAAAUCAAGCCACUGGCUUAUGUGGUGAAGGAGGGAUUGCUGGCUGGCAAUGUUAACGACGUGCUAGAUGCCUAUAAACAUGGGAAGAGGGUUACUAAGACCCACAUUCAUUUUUAA